AUGGCCCUCGUAACGGCCGAAAGUAAGACAAGCGAGCCGAUGCACGGCGAGCAUCACACUACGCCGAAGAAGAAAGUCGUUUUGGGAACGGCGGAAGAUCGUGCUAACGGCAGCAGCGGCGAUGAUUUUAUAUUUCGGACGUUGGAAAACUUCGCCGCCCUGGGAGGUGCGACGAGUCCAAAGCUUCCAACCAUCAAGGACUUCAGCAUCCUGAAACCGAUCAGCCGAGGGGCGUUCGGGAAGGUGUUUCUAGGUUAUAAGAAGAGCGAUCAAAACAAGCUGUACGCCAUCAAGGUGAUGCAGAAGACGGAAAUGAUCAACAAGAAUAUGGUGUCGCAGGUGAUCACGGAACGGAACGCACUGGCCCUUUCGAGAAGCCCCUUCUGCGUGACUCUCUAUUACUCGCUGCAGAGCCUUUCGUCGGUGUACCUCGUGAUGGAAUAUAUGGUCGGUGGCGAUCUGAAGUCCUUGCUGGCCAUGUACGGGUUCUUCGAUGAAAACACGGCGCGCUUUUAUGCGGCCGAAAUCUGUCUCGCUUUGCAGUACCUACACAGCCACGGGAUCGUGCAUCGUGACAUCAAACCGGACAACAUGCUUGUGUCCGCUACCGGGCACGUGAAGCUAACCGACUUCGGUCUCAGCCGCAUCGAAAUGCGGCGCGAUCUCGAGAUAUCGGAUCUGCUGAACUGUUCCCCUAACCUGAACGCACGCACACCCGGCCAGCUGCUCUCGCUGACCUCCCACCUGUCCUUUGGGUCACACGAUAAACGGAUCAUUGCCGAAGCGGCCAGCCACGUUGCACCAUGUUCCGCACAAAAGGCGGCAAGAGCAGCGGCAGGCACGGAGGCAGUUUCAAAGGAGUCCGUACGGCCAGAGUCCUCGGACCACGAAUCCGAUGGUUCGUUCGGUCAGUCCCGACUACAAAACGAAAGUAAAAUAUCGGGCGUCAGUCCGUUCUUUUCGGCCGAGCAAAACGUGAGCACGGUCGAGGAGGUUAAACUACAUCGGGCGGAGGCAACGGUCUUGGAAGAGAAAUACGAUUCAUCUUCCUACUACACGUGCACCUCCAGUGAGGACGUGAAGGAUAGUGGAUCGUACGAAUCGCACGGUAUCGUGCGGCGUGUACAGAUCGUUCCGCCAGAGAACACCGAGGACGCAGAUCAGAAGGAGAAUGUAGAUGAAACGAAUCGCUUGGAAAAGAUGAAUCCAUUCGAGUGUCUCAUGGCAUCGAAGAAGCUGCAACGGAACUAUACGGAAGAUUCGGGAGUUUCCAGCAGAAAGAGCGACAUUUCCAACAUCCCGUAUGAGAUUUCAGCGAUCGAGAAGGUAGAACAUUCGGCGAACAGCAACAAGGAAGACUAUUAUGGAUCGGAUUUCUCCAGAAGCUAUAGCAUGAGCAAUUUGACUGAAUCAUCGCAUCAUUCGCCAAUACGGAACGGUACACGAGGCUUCAAAAUGCCCGAAUACUUUCGAGGCAUCAAACGUCGAAGGAAUCCGAUGAAUCGAGUGGAUUCCCUGGCAUCGGAUGUCGAUGCCAGCCCGGUUCCAAGCACCGGGCUAACGCAGGAAAUCGAUGUGCUGGACAUCUGCAGUGAUGUACAUCGGAGUACACCGAAGAAACGGAAGGCCACCUCACCGAUCAAGGGUGUGCUGAAGGUACGCUCGCUGUCGGACGAUGAAAUGCAGACGGGCGAUAACAUGAUCACGAUCGAUAUGAACGUUAUGUUCUCCACACCCGUGUCGUCGCAAAAGAUUCGCCGUGAAGGCGGUCAGCUGGGCAAGCUUAAGAGCACCCGUUUCCAGCUUCCGUCCUCGAUUGAGCAAUCGCGCAAGUUGAAGACUUACAGCGAGGCGUUGCUUCCGGCACACUUCAUUAAAAUGCCUGACGAGUCCGUCAUGUCGCCGAUCUGCACCGGCGCCAAUGCUACCGGUGGCUGUGAUAGUAGUUCAACUGCAGCGGGAACACGCGUGACGGAAGAGGAGAGCGGACUGACGGUUGAGAACACCCCGAAGGCAGUAAAAACACCAUUCCGGACGCCGAAAUCCGUUCGUCGAGCACCGUUGCCCUCGGAUGAGCGUAUACUCGGUACUCCCGAUUAUCUAGCACCGGAGUUACUGCUGCAGCAGGGUCACGGACCGGGCGUUGAUUGGUGGGCGCUCGGUGUCUGUCUGUACGAGUUCCUCACCGGUGUACCACCGUUCAAUGACGAGACGCCUCAGAAAGUGUUUGAAAACAUUCUCGCACGCAACAUCGAGUGGCCAACGGACGAGGAGUCGCUGUCGGUGGAAGCAGUCGAAGCGGUGGAGCAGCUGCUCGAGAGCGAUCAAACCAAACGGCCCGCCGCCGAACAGAUGCGCCGGAUGGCAUUUUUUGCGUCGAUCGAUUGGUCAAACAUGAGCUCGUUGAAGCCACCAUUCGUCCCGAAUCCGGAUGAUCCACAGGAUACCGGGUACUUUGAGGCGCGCAAUGUAAUGCAGCAUUUACAGCUGUCGAACUUUGAGAUGGAUCCCUACUGAGCACUAGGGCAGUGUUCCAUAGACUGAGUCUCCUCACAAU